GACAGCAGGAAGACAUCAUGGAGGUCACAGCGCUCUGCAGCCGACUGCUGAUGUGUGUCGUCAUUCUGCUGGGUGCACAUAUUCAGAAGAGCUCUACGGGAAACUAUGACGCAGCUUUGCAAAUGAUGGCAGAGAGACUGCAGCUCUUUGAAUACAAACCCUUCUCUUUUCUCUGCGAGGGUCUUGGAUCUGCUCUGAGGGGGUUUAGGAACAACAAUGAGUUAAUUCAGGGUUGUUAUAUUAUUGAUUCAUCAACACUGAACUGCACCAUUAAAUCAGCCUAUGAUUCAGACAGUGGGGUUUACUGGUGUGAGGAUGAGAAAGGAGAGAAGAGCAACUCUGUCGACAUCACCGUCACCGCUGGCUCUGUGAUCCUGGAGAGUCCUGUGCUUCCUGUGAUGGAGGGAGAAUCUGUGACUCUGAGCUGCAGAAACAAGACGACCACUUCCUCCAUCCUGUCAGCUGACUUCUAUAAAGAUGGCCGCCUCAUCAGGAGCAGCUCUACAGGAAUCAUCACCAUCCAAAGAGUUUCUAAAUCUGAUGAAGGACUCUACAAGUGCAGCAUCUCUGACGAUGGAGAAUCACCAGAGAGCUGGCUGGCUGUCAGAGCUGGCUCUGUGAUCCUGGAGAGUCCUGUGCUUCCUGUGAUGGAGGGAGAAUCUGUGACUCUGAGCUGCAGAAACAAGACGACCACUUCCUCCAUCCUGUCAGCUGACUUCUAUAAAGAUGGCCGCCUCAUCAGGAGCAGCUCCACAGGAAACAUCACCAUCCAAAGGGUUUCUACAUCUGACGAAGGACUCUACAAGUGCAGCAUCCCUGAUGGUGGAGAAUCACCAUUGAGCUGGCUGACUGUCAGAGCUGUUCACAGAGAGACGUGUCCCUGCUCGGAUCACUCCCUUUACGUCCUCCUCGUCUUAAGGACUGUGUUCACCGUAGUGAUGGUGGCUCUGCUGCUGCUGCUGGUGGGACUGCUGCAUUGUGGGAAACUCAGGGUCACACAGAAAUAACUCAUGUAAAAAGAUUAGAGUUUGGUUAUCAAGAUAAUGAACACCACGAGCCGAGGACAUUAUCACUUUCUUCAGCUUUGUAUCUCUUCUUCUGCUCAGGUUGAGUGUGAGGUGUGUAACUUCUCUGUGUCACAUGAUGGUACGAGCAGCAGCUGUUAGACUUUCUCACACUCAAGACAACGUUAAAAACCACUGAGGUACUGACUGACGCAUGCAUUUAUUUUUAAAGGCGAGCUGAGGGUAUGUUGAUCUGAGUUUUAUUUUAGACUCCAGAUACUUUCAGCUUCUCAGACACAACCCACAGAAAAUAUGUAGAAGAGGCUUUGAGGUGACUUUAGGAGCAACUUAAUCUUUAUGGUUUUAUAGAGUAACUUAAGUGUAAAUUGAGUCUAAACUGAUAUAUAUUUGGAGUUGUUGUGAGUGACGAACAUGUUAAUACCUGCUAGCAUAUUAGCACUGCCACUAAGCAUGUUGGCAUCCUAACUUUAUCAGGCUAGCAGGAAUGCAGACAUGUGCUAUUUAGGCAACAAACAAUACAGACUUAUUUUGUGUGUUUAUUUAAACAGAAAACAAGUACAUAU